AAUGCCCUCUUCCGCUCAAGUGCUCGGUUCUCUUGUAGAGCUAAGGCCUAUCAAUCCGGCGGCUGGCACUAUUUUAAAUUAGGCAUCCAUCGCCAAAAACCUAAAACUUGACCAGCGAAAUGGCUUCUGUCUCUGAACUCGCCUGUAUUUACUCUGCUCUCAUCCUCCAUGAUGAUGAAGUCACUGUCACAGAGGACAAGCUGAAUGCCCUCAUCAAGGCAGCUGGUGUGACUGUGGAGCCAUUCUGGCCCAGUCUGUUUGCUAAGGCCUUGACCAGUGUGGACAUUGGUAGCCUGAUCUGCAGUGUAGGUGCGGGAGGUGGAGCCCCAGCUGCCGCCAGUGCAGCCGCCCCUGCCGCAGGUGGAGCUGCCCCAGCUGCAGAGGAGGAGAAGAAAGAGGAAAAGAAGGAGGAGUCUGAAGAAUCUGAUGAUGACAUGGGCUUCGGGCUCUUUGACUAAGCUGCUCCCUGCCUCACUGAGAAAAAUAAAAGAAACAAAAUGUG